CGAAGAAGAAUAAGUAGGAGCUGUGCAGACAACACACGAGUUUGGCGUUGGAGAGAUUAAAGAAACUGGCAAAAAUCUUACAUAUUUACUAGCUAAUUUUCCUGCUAAAAUCGCCAUUCGUUGAAGAAAAUAUGUAAGUACUUUAAAUUACCAGUGUGUGCAUUGUUUAGAUACAGUAAAACAGAGCCUUAUCACUAUGGAAAGAUGUGUAGCUAAAUUUGGCUAGCUGGUUGGCUAACGAUAGCCAGUCAUGAUGACCUAACGUUACUAGCAAUAGUAACUACUGUAGCUAGCUAACUAACAUGUAUUGUAGGUGACCCAUGGUGAUCAUAAUAAAAAUAGGAAGUUAUCAGCCAGCAAGCUAAUACAUAUUGUCUUUGGCCACUUCAUGUGAAACACUGGUCCUCUGUAGCUCAAUUGGUAGACCCAUGGGGCGGCGCACAAUUGGCCCAGCGUCGUCUAGGGUAGGGGAGGGAAUGGCCGGCAGGGGAUGUAGCUCAGUUUGUAGAGCAUGGCGUUUGCAACGCCAGGGUUGUGGGUUCGAUUCCCACGGGGGAUAUGAAAAAAAUAUAUAUAAGUAAAAAUAAUAAUGUAAUGUAUGCACUAACUGUAAGUCGCUCUGGAUAAGAGCGUCUGCUAAAUGACUAAAAUGUAAAUGUAAAUGGCGCCUGUAACGCCAGGGUAGUGGGUUCGAUCCCCGUGACCACCCAUACGUAAAAAUGUAUGCACAGAUGACUGUAAAUCGCUUUGGAUAAAAGCGUCUGCUAAAUGGCAUAUUAUUAUUAUAUUAUUAUUUCCACUUUGUUAGCAGCUAACUGUUGGUCUGAAUUAACGUUAGUUGUGUCAAGUCUCAAUCAUCAUGUCGAUCAACUCUGUUAACAAUGAGUAUCCUCAAUAAUCCUUCAAGGAGCCUGUUAAAUAAACCCAAGUCGGAGAUGACUGCUGAGGAGCUCCAGAAACGCGAGGAGGAGGAGUUUAAUACUGGUCCCCUGUCUGUGCUCACCCAGUCUGUCAAAAACAACACACAGGUCCUCGUCAACUGCCGAAACAACAAGAAGCUGCUUGGCCGUGUCAAGGCAUUUGACAGGUAUUUAUGUAGCUAGGCCACUGUAGUUGGGAAGUCAUCCAUUGGAGUUAAAUGGUUAAUCACAAAUGUCCAACAAAUAGACACAUUUUGUCAUCACAUGUUACCCAUAUCCCCCCCAAAGACUUGAUUCAUAAUGCUUUUUUAGUUAACUGCAUACAUUUGUAUUCCCCUCUCAAUGCAGACACUGCAACAUGGUCCUGGAGAAUGUGAAGGAGAUGUGGACAGAAGUUCCCAAGAGUGGCAAGGGCAAGAAGAAGUCCAAACCAGUAAACAAGGACCGUUACAUCUCCAAGAUGUUCCUGAGAGGAGACUCUGUGAUUGUAGUGCUGAGAAACCCCCUCAUCACAGGGAAAUAGACUGUUCAUUUGCCCACUUCACCUUUCUUUGUCAAAGAGAUGAUGACAGGCAGUGGGUGGGCUGUCAUUAUGUGAAAAUGGUUUUGUUUUGGAUCAGAGAGGUCGCUGAGCUGUGUGUUUUAGAAUUUAGUGUGAGAAAAUGAUACCUUCACACUUUGGAUUGCUGAUUAGGAUCAUUCCUGGCGUUCUAUUUUGUUUAGGGCGCUCAUUUAGUUUUUCAUUUUAAUAAUAAAAGACUAAAAGUGUUCAGUGUUGUGAAUA